AUGCCAGCCCUCACCACCACGCCACUACGGCCUCGCUUCGCCGCCUGUAGCGCCCACGCCAGAGCGGUGGACGAGCCCGGCCUCAGCAGCUCCCUCCGCGGCGGCUUCUCUCCGACAGACGUGGCUCAGUCGCUGCAGACGCCGGCUGGCGAGGCGCUUGCACAGGCCCGGCGCACGUCCGAAGGCUCAGCACCCAUCGCAGUCAUCGGCGGCGGCGUCUCUGGGGUAUUCGCGGCGCUGGCGCUGCGCUCACUCGGCUACGGAAACAUCACCGUGAUCGAGUCUGCGCAAAGGCUCGGCGGGAAGGCCGGAUCCUUUGACCAUGGUGGCUUCUCCUUCCCGAUAGGAGCCGUCAGCACGCCCUUCGCGCUGCGCGAGGCGUCAUUCACCGGCGCCCAAAUCCUCGAGAAGCCGCUCCGCUUCGCUACGUCCGCGUUCGCCCACUCGCGCACCAAGCUGCAGAUCCUCGACGCCAACAAUCUGCUGCCCCGCAGGCUGCAGGGCGGCACGCCGCGCCGCUUCCACGCGUCGGAGCUCUCCCAUGGCGCCACCGAGUCCUGGAAGGAGGCCUUCUCAGGCACUGGCCCGCCACACCGCUUCUACCCGCACCAUGUCGAUUUUGCGAGCAAGCCCGAGCUGGCGUCGGCGGCGAGGCCAAGGGUCCUCGGCGAGGAGGCGUGGGGGCGGGCGGACAGCUCCUGGCCGCUCAUCUACGUCUCGGCCCACGGCUACGGCGUCGCGCGCGCGGCCGAUGCCCCGCCAAACUACUACUGGCAGAGGUUUGCCCAAAAGUCGACCAACGCGGCCAAGCUCCCGUCUCUCGGCCCACGAGGGCCUGCGCUGCGCGGCUUUGACACGACGCGCCACUUGGAGCGCCUCUUGGAGCAGUCGGGCGUCGCGGUGCUGCGCUCGACGCGCGUCGCCUCCGUGCUGCGGAGCACCGGCGGCGUCGCGAUCACCACCGCAGCGGGCGGGGCGCCGCUCGCCUUCGACAAGCUGGUCGUCGCGACGGACUUAAAGGCAGCGCGGAGCUUCCUCGACACGUCGGCCGAGGAGGCGGACCUGUUUUCGCGGGUGCGGCAUCUCAACUACCACACGCUCGCCAGCCACAUCGAGAUCCCCUGGGUCAAGCCCGCCUCCGUCUACUACCUCGGCGGGCACCAGGGCGAGCGGGACGCUGUCGACGCCGGUGCGGCCACCGGCGGUUGCCCCACCAUUCUCUUUCGCCCGUACGCUGCGUCCAACCUCACCAUCACUUGGGCUUACGGCGGAGCCUCGCUCGCCCCCGGGACGAUGGAGGCGUGCUUGCGUCGGACCGUCUCCUCGCUCGGCGGCCGCUUUGGGGGCGUCUUGCUGCAGCAAGAGUGGCCCGACUAUUUCCCCCACCUCGCCGGCAGCGACCUCGCCUCCCAAGUGCCCCGCCGGUUGGACGCCCUGCAGGGACGCAAACGUACCUACUACGUCGGCGAGAUUUUCAACCUCCCGCUCGUCUCCGAGUGCGUCGACUGGGCACGCUACCUCAUCAAGCGUCACUUCCGUGACGUGCGGCCGCCGCCGUCCGCGCGAGGCGCAUCGGCGCCGACGAUCAUGCGCCGCCAGCUGAAGGUCGCGUCACUGCGACGCGGACGCGGUCGAUGGCGCGAGGGUGCCGCGGCGAGCGGUGGUGCUGCGCGAAAGCCAGCAGGGGCAGGUGGAGCGCGCCGUCGCUACAGCGCCACGGAACUGAUGCGGCAGCAGCUGGAGGCGUUGGUGUCUUGA